UCCUGGGUCGAGCACAGCCUUCUGGUCCAGCGCUGCAUGCGGCCUCAGGACCACGUCUUCCGGUUGGGGGCUCCCAGUAAAGUGAUCCUCAGCUUUUUCAGCAGCCAGUGGCCAGUGAGAGCACUGACCCCGGCUCCCGGGACCUCGGCAGGAUGGAAGAGAAGCUGAAGAAAACCAAGAUCAUCUUUGUGGUGGGCGGGCCUGGCUCAGGGAAGGGCACCCAGUGUGAGAAGAUCGUGCAGAAGUAUGGCUACACCCACCUCUCCACCGGGGACCUCCUGCGGGCCGAGGUCAGCUCAGGCUCGGCCAGGGGCAAGAAACUGUCGGAAAUCAUGGAGAAGGGGCAGCUGGUUCCGCUGGAGACAGUGUUGGACAUGCUCCGGGAUGCCAUGGUGGCCAAAGUCGAUACUUCCAAAGGCUUCCUGAUUGAUGGCUACCCGCGGGAGGUGCAGCAAGGAGAAGAGUUUGAGCGACGGAUUGGACAGCCCACACUGCUGCUGUAUGUGGACGCAGGCCCUGAGACCAUGACCCAGCGGCUCUUGAAACGUGGAGAGACCAGCGGGCGUGUGGACGACAAUGAGGAGACCAUCAAAAAGCGGCUGGAGACCUAUUACAAGGCCACAGAACCCGUCAUCGCCUUCUAUGAGAAACGUGGCAUUGUGCGCAAGGUCAAUGCCGAGGGCUCCGUGGACAGUGUCUUCUCCCAGGUCUGCACCCACCUGGACGCCCUAAAGUAGCAACGCUGGAGCUGCUUCCCCAGCUCAGAGCCCCGUCCCACCCCUGUCCUGAUUCGAGGUCCUCCUGGCCUGAGCGCAGCGCCUCCACCCUGCCCGGCUGAGCGCAGACGGAGGAAGCCGCUUAUCCUGUUUUCAUGGACAGCUGAGCACUAAAGGAAUUUCUAAGGACA